AUGCCGUCCUCGAGGCUAUGCACAGUCGUCGGCGCAACUUUACUCAUUGCUUCGUUCGGGCUUCUACUUGCCGCUUGCAUAUCUGUUCCCAAUACAAGUUUGUCAAUCUUCACGUUGGAAGCGACCAGGCGAGAAGCACGUGGGUCAACCGGACCAUCCAUUGUUCUUGACUUCGGGCUUUGGGGUUGGUGUCAAGCAACGGCUGCAACAUGGUCAAGAUACCCACAGGGAUGUCUUAGAGUCGGAGGCUCGGCGAGCUAUGAUCCAGCUGCCAUCAUCCGCCCUAUGAUAAGUACCGGGUUUUUCUCAUCGAUAGAAAGCAGAAAAUUGCGCGACCUGACACUAGGAUUUCCAUUGCCUGCCGUUGCUGCUGCUACAGCUGGACUUGGUUUCCUUUCUGCGCUUGCCAGCGUCGCCAAGCGUAAUCGUCUCACAAUCUUAGCCAGCGCAAUCUUUUCGGCUUUAUCAUUCAUAUUCGCCGUGUCAGCGCUUGGCUGCAUCUUCUCACUGUUCGAGAAAAUAAGAAAAGAUGUGCCUAGAAGUACAGAUUUGCGGCUGGCUACGAACUUACGAGUUUUCCACGAUAUAUCAAUGAGAUACGGGGCUUCGACUUGGACUUUGGUUGCUGCUUGUGCAAUGUUGUUGCUAAGCGCAGCAGUGUUCAUUUUUGCGUGGCUUGCUGAAGCGCGACAGACUCGCCAGAAAUCGAUUGAUGAGAGCAAAGAAAAGGCUAGCUACUCGCCAUCAGAGGGCAGAUCAUCGGUCGCGGGAUCUUGA